AUGGUCGAGGUGGUCAAAAGUUGGGCUGCGGGCGUUGGUGGGUUGGUGAUGUAUGUCGUGAUGUUUCGCGCCGUGCUCCGACAGGAGAUCUCAUUUGUUUUCACAUCUUCUCGCCUUAAACGCCCGGUCGAUCGUCACCUCCUGGUUCGGGUGCGUAAUGGCCAGCCUCCUGUCGCCCGCCCACCCAGCACGGUACUCUUGUUCAGAAACCCACACGAAAUCCUGAUGUUCCUCCGGAUCAAGCUUCACUGCAAGACUACCAGCUCCACCUCCCCCCGUCACGCCGCCGUCCUGCUUUCCGUUGCCACCACCAUCCUUCACGUCGGCCUCGAAAGUAAGCUUUUGGAACAUCCGACCGUCGCUGGCCCUGAACUCGUACAGAUCCACGAGCCGGCGCACGCAGGUGGCGCUCAGGCCCGACUCCUCGCGCAGCUCGCGGACGGCGGCCUCGAGGACGGUCCGGUCGCGGCCCGCCUCGGCCAUGCCGCCGGGCGUCUCCCACAGGUUCGGCAUGAAGUCGGACGCUGCGCGCUGGAUGAGAAGCAGCCGCCCGGAGCAGUCGGGAUGAAAGACGACGGUGCCGACGAUGAGGGCGUCCAGGCCGGGCUGGGAGUUGAUGUACUCGGGGAUCGAGACGUUGUACUGGAGAAGAUCUGA